ACAAUUGCCACAACAGCGAAAAGCGUAAACUGAAAUUUGUAAAUUCAGAAACAGGACGAAAAAGUGUUGCUGUAAGAAUUCAACAUAACUAGUUACCGAAAAAAAAAACAAUUAAAAGGACAACUGAGAGAAAAAGAGUAUUUGCAAAAUGUACAAAACAAUUCGACAUGGCGAGAACAGUUUGCAAUACACGAUACUGCCGCAAAAUGACGAUUUUCGAAUUGAGGGCAAAUUGACAAACUCCAGCUGCCUGUCAGCAGCGAAUGCCACCAAUUCAUCUAAUUCAUCCUCCUCAUCCGCGUCCGCCUCGGCCUCAACGCCACGCAAACGUCGCACAUCGUCCUUUGCGUAUCUUGGCCUGAUCUUUGUGUGCACGGUGAUCAUUGGCGCCGUAUUGAUACCAUUUUUGGUGUCCGCCGAGUGUUUGCCCAGUCCCACAGAAUGGUUCCUCAAAACGAAGGCGGCCUUCACGCACAGCGGCGAGAAACAGCAGCAACAGCAACAGCAUCAGCAGCAGCAACAGCAACAGCAUAUUGCACCGCCACCACCUGCAGCACCACCAACAACAACAACAACCGCUCCAGUGGAUGCUGUUGGCAAAACUGUGCAGAUUGUUAAUCGGAAUGGCGUCGAACAGUUUAUACUGAAGCUCAACAAAACUAUUUCAGCAAGCAGAACAACAACAACACCAACAACUACUACGACAACAACAACUACAACAACAGCUACUCCUCCAGCAGCAGCAGCAGCACCAACAACAACAGCAACUACUGAGCUACUGCCGAUAUUCUCAACUGCACCACCGCUGAGCAAUCGUUUGGGAGGAACGAUAACCACGCGCAUUAUACAAGUACCGCUGCUGAAGUCCACAGCCAAGAAGCCAAUAAUGCCGCCCGUACUGGCCAAGACGCAGAGCACACAACAACAACAACAACAACAGCAGCAGCAACUACAAUCAAACAACACAAAUGAGACUCAAAGCAACAACAGCAACAAUAACAACAACGCUUGGAUGAGCACACGCUGGGCCUAUAUUCCAUCCGCAUAUGGCCCGUGGUCGGGCUACAAGGCUGAGGAUAGCGUGCUGUUGCCCGCUCUACUUGGAUUUGCACUUAUUGGCAUGAUUUUAAUUAUAACGGUCUGCUUGGUGGCACGCAACAAGCGCACCAUUGUGUCCUCCGUGCGCAAGCGAAACCGAAACGAUAUCGAAGAGCAGGGCGCCGAGGAUAAUGCCACACUUCUCACAACAACAAAUCUGUCCGACGAUGAUUAAGAUAUUUACUAUAUAUAAA